UAUACUUCCGCUUCCGGUCUCUCACCGCCGAGUGCUGACGUUUCAGUGGCUGUCUUGCAGUGACGGAAGCCGAGCUGGUCCCAUUCAGUGUUAGACGUGUCCAUACUGCACACCAUGCCUCCCAAAGCCGCCAGCAAGCAGCAGUCCGAGGAGGACCUCCUACUGCAGGACUUCAGCCGCAACCUGUCCGCCAAGUCCUCCGCCUUGUUCUUCGGCAAUGCCUUCAUCGUGUCCGCCAUCCCUAUCUGGUUGUACUGGAGGAUAUGGCACAUGGAUCUUGUGCAGUCAGCUGUCUUGUAUAGUGUUAUGACUUUGGUCAGCACUUACCUUGUGGCUUUUGCUUACAAAAAUGUAAAAUUUGUCCUUAAACACAAGGUCGCCCAGAAAAGAGAAGAUGCUGUUUCUAAAGAAGUAACACGUAAACUCUCAGAAGCAGACAACAGAAAAAUGUCUCGUAAGGAGAAAGAUGAAAGGAUUUUAUGGAAGAAAAAUGAAGUUGCUGAUUAUGAGGCCACAACCUUCUCCAUUUUCUACAAUAACACACUGUUCUUGGUUUUGGUGAUUGUUGCUUCAUUCUUCCUGUUGAAGAACUUCAACCCUACAGUGAACUACAUUUUAUCCAUAGGUGUUUCCUCUGGAUUGAUCGCACUGCUCUCAACCGGAUCAAAAUAAAUUUUCUGAACAUAUAAAAUUUUAGUAUUAAAACAUCCACGUGUUUUCUGUACAUUUUUUUUUCUUUUUUUCUACCAACAAUUUGUUCAAUAAACAUUUGGAUUGCA